AUCAUUCAAAAAAUCAUUGAGUCUCUUUUAUUUAUUUAUUUAAAUUAUUAAGUCUUUUUAACUUCCUGUCUUUGUGUCAUUGCUCUCAUUGCUCAUUAUUCACCAUGGAAACCUGGUUCCUUAUCGUCAUCACCCUCUGCAUCUCUUUUCUUCUCAAACCCAUCCUCAGUCGCUUCAUCCCCACCGUUUCCAAACCCAAACUCCCUCCUGGGCCCCUCACCAUCCCCGUUAUCGGCAACUUCUUAUGGCUUCGCAAGUCAUUCUCCGAACUCGAGCCCGUCCUCCGAAACCUCAAGGCCCGAUACGGACCUAUGGUCACUCUCCACAUCGGCUCCCGCCCCGCCCUAUUCGUCGGGGACCGCUCCCUGGCCCACCAGGCCCUCGUCCAAAAAGGCGCCGUCUUCGCAGACCGCCCUCCGGCUUUAGCCACCGACAAAGUGCAAAACAGCAAUCAGCACAACAUCAACUCCGCCGUCUACGGUCCCACGUGGCGUCUCCUCCGCCGCAACCUCACCUCCGAAAUCCUCCACCCUUCCCGGGUCAAGUCCUACGGUGGGGCCCGCAAAUGGGUUCUCGACAUCCUCGUCAACCAGCUCGAAACAGAGUCUCAAUCCCAACCCAGAGGCGUCAAAGUGGUCGACCAUUUGCAAUACUCCAUGUUUUGCUUGCUGGUUUUGAUGUGCUUUGGGGACAGAUUGGAUGAAAACCAAAUCAAAGAAAUAGAGGGUGUUCAGCGUCGCUCUCUCUCGAGUUUUGGGCGAUAUAAUUUCCUCAAUUUUUGGCCCAAAUUGACCAAGAUUCUGUUAAGAAAGCACUGGGACGAGUUCUUGCAGCUCCGUAAGGAACAAGAAGACGUGCUCAUCCCUCUGAUUCGAGCACGACAAAACAAGGCAAAGGAUGAAAGCGGAGACCGUAGAGGGGAGGAGUUUGUGUUGGCGUAUGUUGAUACGUUGUUGGAUCUUCAGCUCCCUGACGAGAAGGAAAAGAGGAAGCUUUCUGAAGACGAAAUAGUGAGUCUCUGUUCGGAGUUUCUCAACGCGGGUACUGAUACUACUUCGACUGCGUUGCAGUGGAUCAUGGCCAACGUAGUCAAGUACCCACAAAUCCAAGACAAGCUCUUUGAAGAGAUUAAAGGAGUUGUGGAGGAAACAGAGGAAGAUGUGAAAGAGGAGGUCCUGCACAAGUUGCCGUAUCUGAAAGCUGUGAUCUUGGAGGGUCUGAGGCGCCACCCACCGGGGCACUUUGUGCUGCCACACGCUGUGACACAGGACGUGGUUUUGAAUGGUCAUGUGGUGCCCAAAAAUGGAACAAUCAAUUUCAUGGUGGCUGAGAUGGGGUGGGACCCAGAAGUGUGGGAAGAUCCCAUGGCGUUCAAGCCUGAGAGGUUCUUGGGUGGUGGUGAUUGUGGAGGAGAAGAAGAAGGGUUCGACUUAACAGGGAGCAGAGAGAUUAAGAUGAUGCCGUUUGGGGCGGGGAGGAGAAUUUGUCCCGGCUCUGGUUUAGCAGUGCUUCAUCUCGAGUAUUUUGUGGCUAAUUUGGUUUGGAAAUUUGAGUGGAGAGCUGUGGAGGGAGACGAUGUUGACUUGUCAGAAAAGCAGGAGUUCACUGUAGUCAUGAAGAAUCCAUUGCAGGCUCACUUAUCCCCCAGACUGAAAUAAGUGGAGAGGGUCUUUGCUUACUUGUCUCAUUUUCUGCAUCAGCUUAGCUUCAGCUAUGUUAUAUUAUUGUUGUUUAGAAAGAAAAAAGAAACAAUAUCAGCUAUGUUAGUAUUUAUCAACAAACAAUUACAGGUCUGCUCUGUGAAUAUUUUUGCUUUCCUUUAUAGUUUACUGCGCUCAAUGAAAAAGCAGCUGUUCGUAGA